AUGGCGAUUGGAUUAAUGGAAGUGAAGCUGGUUGAUGCUAAACGUCUCAAAAACACUGAUUUCUUAGGUAAAAUAGAUCCAUACGUCUUGCUUCAAUACAGAAACCAAGAGUGCAAGAGCAGCAUUGCAAAAGGGCAAGGUCGCAACCCAAUAUGGAAUGAAAAGUUUGAGUUUAGAGUUGAUUAUCCAGUGGCGGAUGAGCAGUACAAACUCGUGCUCAAGAUCAUGGAUCACGACACCUUCACUGCAGAUGACUAUCUCGGCCAAGCAACGAUCUACGUGAAAGAACUUAUAGAGUUAGGACUCGAGAAAGGAAAGGCUGAGCUCCAUCCUCAAAAAUACAGAGUCGUUUUGACCGAUAAAACUUAUCACGGAGAAAUUCAAGUUGGAGUUACUUUUACUGCAAAGGAAGAAACUGACGAAGAAGAAUAUGGUGGAUGGAAGGAAAGCAACUACUAG